CCAUUACAUUGAAGAUAGGAUUUUUUGUGCGCCCAGUAAUCAAAGGCCAAAGCAGCAUCAAUCAUCAUUCGACAUUCAUUAAAGUCUUCGAAAAAAACAGUGUCUUCAAGAAAUGACACCAACCUUAGCAAUGGCUUCAACAGUGUUAUGCCCGAAAUUGGGGUCCUGUGCAGUGUCACUAUCCACUUGUAUAGCUUCACAUCCAAAAAUUCAGCAUUUUCAUCUCCCUUCAUGGUUAUCUCCACUGAGUCGAGGCCUUUUCUCACCUUGGAAUGGUUUAAAGCAUAUGGGUAUUUCAAGUAAACCAAAACCUCUUCUUCAUAUAGAUAGAAAGGGAAGGUGUAAGGGUAAAGUGGUUUAUGCGUCUCUCUUUGGGGUUGGAGCCCCCGAAGCUCUGGUAAUUGGGGUUGUCGCUUUGUUGGUUUUUGGUCCUAAAGGUCUUGCUGAGGUUGCUCGAAAUCUGGGAAAAACAUUGCGUGCAUUUCAACCCACCAUUAGAGAGCUUCAGGAUGUUUCAAGGGAAUUUAAGAGUACACUUGAACGGGAGAUUGGUCUUGAUGACACUUCAAGUCCAACACAGAACACAUACAAUUCCAAUGGACGCAACACCACAUCAACUCCAUCAUCAUCCACUGCUAGUACCAGUAGUUCUCAGAUUACCGCUGACCCUAAUGGCACACGAGAUCCAAGUAGGGCAUACAGCUCUGAAGAGUAUCUUAAGAUUACAGAGGAGCAGCUAAAGGCAUCUGCUGCACAACAGCAGCAGGGGCAGACACCCCCUCCUAAAGAAGGCCAAUUUCAACCUCAAAUCCAACCUCCUGCUAAGGAAACAGCUACUGCUGUGCCACCACCUCAGAAGCCAGAAAGUGAGACGUUUACCUCUGGAUAAGUAGGGAAUAAAUAGUAACUGGGAACUACUACUGGCAUAAGUGAUGGGAAAAUGAAUGAGGGGGUCACGCAAUUUUGUUACCUCAUAGUCAUUACUCUUUAGAAUUGUGUAAAAAGUAAAGAAGAAAACCAUUAACAUGUAGUGUGUUGCUGAAUUUAUUGUAGUCGAUGAGUUAUCAAUGUUGUUCA